ACGAAUCCUUGUCUGCAGUGUAACACUUGGCAGCGUCGUGCCACCAUAUGACCGUCACCGGGAUCGAGUAUAGAGGCUUCAAGAUCAGCUCAGGCGUCCAGCUAGCUUGUCUCUACUCUGGGUGGUCAUGUUUCGACGGUGUCGAUGCUUUCUCAGCUCGGUUCGGACACAUCACAUCGUUUAUUGAAGCAACAUUUUCCCGGCCUCGUAUUGUCAUGUCCCGUUUGGGCUAUACGAGGUUGCAAUGCAUCCAAGGGCCUUGUAUGCAUGAGGGACUUCCAGUAAUUGCCUGAGGGAUCAGAUGGUCUAUCCUAGCCAGUUUAGAUGGGUUCGCAAAUUCCGGGUAUAAAUAUGACCAUCAAUCCCGACUUCAUUCCGCUCAACAUCACCGAAAACAGGAUUCACUACCUCGCUCAACCUUUUGCUACCCUCCACACUAACAUUGUGAUUCUCUCAAUCCCUACAAGAUGAAGUCAUUCACCCCCAUUGCUUCCCUUGCCCUGCUUGCCUCCCUGGCCCUUGCAUCUCCCACUCCCGUCGACCUGGCUGCGCGAGCCUGCACCACCAUUUCCCCGACCAUCAUCGACGUGCUGGACAGCGCAAACCCAAACACCCCCAGUCCCGGCCAACACUUCUCACUUGCUCGGUCCGCCACAGCCAAUACCAAGGUCUCGGCCCUAACCUUCACCGGGAUCCCCAACGACGCCACCGGUUGCAUGCUGGCCGUCGAUAUCCCCGCCCUCACCCAGCCCAUUGCUCAGGGCUCCAGCCAGGCCGACAUCUGGUCCACCGACCCGUGGGACUCUAACUCCCUUCCCACAUGGGCCAACCAGCCCAAUCGGCGAGAGAUGGUGGGAACGUACCAGUUCCCCAACGCACCAACCACGACGCCCGCGCAUACCAUCGUCGCAUCCAACGCGUGCUCGACUACAAUGAGCUGGUUGGCGCUGCUGUCCACCUGGCAGAGCACUGCGGGGUCGGUCGACUUUGACAAUUCGGUCACCGGAUCCAACCCUAUUGGAUUUAGCCUGGUCUACAAUUGCUGAUGCUGCUGACAUUAUUGUAAAAGACGGGAGUAGAUGGUUACGCAGGGGGGGGGUAUCUAUCACGAAGGAACAUACUGCACUUGAAUAAUCUGCCUUACUGUAUUGUUGCCUUUCUGUAUUGACUCUAUUCAACAUAGAGACUUG